GAGCGUUCCUGUUAGGAUUGCUUCCAUAAAGACAUGACCACACAGUACGGUAUUCUCUUCAAGCAAGAGCAAGCUCAUGAUGAUGCUAUUUGGUCAGUGGCCUGGGGAAAAAAUAAAAAAGAUGGUUCCGAAACAGUGAUCUCUGGUUCUUUGGAUGAUCUCGUGAAAGUCUGGAAGUGGAAUGAUGAAAAAUUGGAUCUCCAGUGGACUUUGGAGGGUCACCAGCUGGGCGUGGUAUCUGUGGAUAUCAGCCACACAGGCUCCAUUGCAGCAUCCAGCUCCCUGGAUGCCCACAUUCGCCUUUGGGAUUUAGAAACUGGAAAACAAAUCAAGUCAAUCGAUGCUGGUCCUGUUGAUGCAUGGUCCCUGGCUUUUUCACCUGAUUCCCAGUACCUUGCGACAGGAAGUCAUGUGGGGAAAGUAAAUAUUUUUGGUGUGGAAACCGGAAAGAAAGAAUAUUCUCUGGACACCAGGGGGAAGUUCAUCCUUAGCAUUGCAUAUAGUCCAGAUGGAAAAUACUUAGCCAGUGGAGCAAUAGAUGGCAUUAUCAAUAUAUUUGAUAUUGCAACUGGAAAACUUCUGCAUACGCUAGAAGGUCAUGCGAUGCCUAUUCGUUCACUGACAUUUUCUCCUGAUUCUCAGUUACUUGUAACUGCUUCAGAUGAUGGCUAUAUCAAAAUCUACGAUGUGCAACAUGCAAACUUGGCUGGCACAUUAAGUGGUCAUGGAUCCUGGGUAUUAAAUGUAGCAUUUUGUCCUGAUGACACCCAUUUUGUUUCCAGUUCAUCUGAUAAAAGCGUAAAAGUUUGGGAUGCUGGAACAAGAACCUGUGUUCAUACAUUCUUUGACCACCAAGAUCAGGUUUGGGGAGUGAAAUACAAUGGAAGCGGGUCCAAAAUUGUGUCUGUUGGAGAUGACCAAGAAAUUCAUAUUUAUGACUGUCCUGUUUAAAUGUCUUGACUCAUUCCCUCUGGUUAACUCUUGUGGCAGUUUGGAAUACUAUCCUUCUGUGUCAUUUUUUUUUUAGUAUGAUAAAAGCAUUGUGAUAAUGGUGAUGUGCAGAAUCUCAGCUCUGUUUAUAUGUAAUUUUGAUUGUGUUUGGCAUGAGAGAAAGCUUUACUUUUUUAAUAAUAAAAGCUACAGCUGCAA